GAAGUUUGUUUACAUCGCAUCGCAGAGCCAUGUGUUUUCUGACAUCUUGUGAUAAUUCAGAUAAUUGCCUCUUUUUCAUUGUAAUUCGCCACGGUUUUUUGUUUUAAUCUCUUUUAUCAUUUGCUCCUAGAGUAAGUUACAUCUAAUUCUCUCACUUUUGCUAGUAUGUAAUCAACUUGGACCCAGGAGGCCGACAGUGGUCAGUGCAGUGUCACCAGAGUAUCGCCAUAAUGUACGGAGCACCGAACAGUCUUCAUGGGAACCUACGGAGCGUUUACUCCGAUGAGGCCUUCUUUGGCAUUUACUCAUCUGAAGAAGUGAAGAAUAUGAGUGUGGUAAAGAUAGUGACGACGAAUUCUUUCAAUGUCCUCGGCCAUCCCCUACCCGGAGGACUCUACGACCCCAGAUUAGGGCCAUGUGAUAGAAUGUUGUCAUGCACCACCUGUGGCUGGAUGGCCAUGAAAUGCCCUGGUCACACUGGUCAUAUAGAGCUACCAUUUGAGGUAAUCAAUCCACUGUUUCACAAACGAAUCUUUGAAAUUAUAUCAAUCUCUUGCCUUCAAUGUCACCAUGUCUUAUUGCCGCCAAAAGCUAAGUCAUUACUCCAAUGCCAGCUGAGGCUCUUGGAUGCUGGAUUUAUUGUCGAAGCAGCCAACGUUGAGAGUCAUAUAAUUGGAAAUGACAAUUCUUGUAGUGACAAUGAAUCACCGGAGGUAUUUUUUAACUUCUUAACCAGUAAGCUUGAUCAAUACAUUGAAAGCUUAAAGCAAUCACAGGAUAAAAGUGACUGUAAGGCAAGGCUAAACCAGUCUUUUAAGUCAUAUGACCAGGAAAGAUCUAGCUUUUUCAAAUUAGCUUUUGAUCAAGUGAAAAAGAACAGAGUAUGCCCUCUCUGCAAAUAUGACACUCCUAUUCUAACAUUUUCUGGGAACAAAAUUUUGUCUGCCCCGCGAAAAAGGAAAACUAUCGAAGGAACUGACCUGAAUAAGUCAACUGAUGGCACUAGCAAGUCAUUUGAAAGAGUUAGAAGUGGGCAAGUGUUUCUAAGUCCGACUGAACUGAAAGACCAUCUCAAAAGCAUCUGGACUAACGACAAAACAUUUAUUGAAGAGCUAAUUCCUGUCCUAAAGCGGAGCCCUUGCUCAGUUCCAACGGACAUAAUUUUCCUAGAUGCCAUUCUUGUGACUCCCUCAGCAAUGAGACCUUUUAAUAUAGUUCGAAAUUCCCCAGUUGAACAUCCAAACAAUACUGUGUAUAAGUCCAUCCUUGCCAAUUGUUUUUUGCUGAAGAGUAUUCUUUUCUUAGCUAAUCCAAAAGAUGAUGAAACUAUACCGGAAGAAAUUAUAUCCAUCACCAAUCGGGCCCGUGGUCUGACUGUUGAGGAGAAGCUGCAGACAGCAUGGCAUGAGUUGCAGUCUAAUGUCGACAUUCUCUUACUGGGAAAGGUAAGCUCUGGAAACCAUGUAAUCCCUGGCUUAAAGCAGGUCAUCGAAAAGAAAGAAGGUAUAAUCAGAAUGAAUAUGAUGGGAAAGCGUGUCAAUUUUGCAGCACGAUCUGUUAUCACUCCGGAUCCAAAUAUAGACAUCAAUGAAAUUGGAUUUCCAGAACCGUUCGCUAAGGUUUUAACUUAUCCUGUCCCUGUAACACCGUGGAAUGUUGUUGAGUUGAGGGAACUAGUCAAAAAUGGCCCUAUGAUUUACCCAGGAGCUGUUGCGAUUGUCAAUGAAAAUGGAACAGUACAUCGCAUCAGUGAUAGUAAACCUGUUGAAAGAGAAAGUCUUGCCAAACGCCUGCUAACCCCCGAAGAAACGGCUAAAGGUGGGAAAGUUGUUUUACGUCACCUUAUGAAUGGUGACAUUCUUCUAGCCAAUCGUCAACCCACCUUACACAAACCUAGUAUUAUGGCUCACAAGGCAAGGAUUCUGAAAGGGGAGAAAACAUUGCGGUUACACUACGCUAAUUGCAAAGCGUAUAAUGCAGACUUUGAUGGUGAUGAAAUGAAUACCCAUUUUGCACAAAAUGAAGUUGCGAGGAGUGAAGCUUACAGCAUAGUAAACUCAACCAAACAAUAUCUAGUACCAAAAGAUGGUACUCCUCUAAGUGGACUCAUUCAAGAUCAUGUCAUCGGUGCUGUACAUUUGACAACAAGAGGAUCCUUCUUUGACAGAGUAACCUACAUGCACUUAGUUUAUCAAGCACUGUCAUUCAUCCGAGAGCCCAUCAAAGUGCUCCCACCGUGCAUGAUCAAACCAAAAGCUCUCUGGUCAGGGAAGCAGGUAGUUUCAACAGUAAUCAUUAACUUGACACCUAGGGGUAAAGUCCCUCUCAACCUGAAUUCCUCAUCAAAGAUACCAGUCAAAGCCUGGGCCUACUCAAAAUUGGCCCACCUGCUGAAAAACCCAAAGACGAUGAGUGAGUCUGAGGUCAUCAUUCGGAAUGGACAGUUACUAUCUGGAGUUAUUGAUAAAACUCACUGUGGAGCAACGUCUUAUGGCUUAGUUCAUAGCUUUUACGAAUUAUAUGGUGGUGAGGCUUCAAGCCGGUUGCUAAGCUCUUUCUCCAAGCUUUUCACAUGCGUUCUACAGCUUGAAGGCUUUACACUUGAUGUCAAAGAUAUUUUGGUGAAGCCUAAAGCAGAUGAAGAACGGUCAAAAAUAAUUGAAGAAGUCAGGAGUAUAGGAUCUCUAGUAGCUGCUUGCGCAAUGAAUCUCCCACCAGACACCGAUCCAGAAGCAAUCUCCAAAGAAUUAGAAAUAUCGCACCAACAAAUUCCAAACUUUCGAGCAAUUGUGGAUAGGGAAUACAAGUCAGCACUAGAUGCACUCACCAACUCCAUCAACUCAACGUGUUUGCCUCGGGGCCUUUUAGAGGAAUUUCCAAGAAAUAACUUACAACUCAUGGUACAAUCAGGAGCGAAAGGCUCCACCGUCAACACUAUGCAAAUUUCCUGUCUCCUUGGCCAAAUCGAAUUGGAAGGAAAACGCCCGCCUCUAAUGACAUCGGGACGUUCUUUGCCCAGCUUCAAGCCGUAUGAUACAUCACCAAGGGCCGGUGGUUUUAUUGAUGGAAGAUUCAUGACAGGCAUCCAGCCGCAAGAGUUUUUUUUCCAUUGCAUGGCUGGUCGUGAAGGUUUAAUUGAUACUGCUGUUAAGACCAGUCGUAGUGGUUAUCUCCAGCGAUGUCUUAUCAAGCAUCUGGAAGGAUUGGUCGUAAAUUAUGAUAUGACCGUCCGCGAUAGCGAUGGUAGCGUUAUUCAGUUUUUGUAUGGUGAAGAUGGGCUGGAUGUAUGCAAGUCUCAGUAUUUCAAACCGAAUUUAUUACAGUUUUUAGAGAAAAAUGUGGAAUCAGUUGUCGAUAAAGCAUGCAUCAGACAAUUCAAGAAACAGGCGGAAGUAGACCAAGUUAUUGCUUACAUGGAUAAAGUAAAAUUAUGGAGGAGAAGGAAUCGUGCCAUGCGGUCCAAAAAACAACGCUCAUUUGUGAGAUUUUCCGCAGACAUGAAGAACAGCCUCAGAAACAAUGCUCCUGGGCAAAUCAAUCCAGCAUAUGGGAGAUCAUAUCUUGACUUGCUGCUGUGUAAAAAAUGGGAAGAGUCGGACAGAAGAACUAAAGAAAGAUAUCAAGAUUCAAACUUAGUCUGUCCAGACCCUGCUCUUUCAAGAUAUGCACCUGGAAGCUACUUUGGAUCCAUAUCAGAGAAACUUGACGAAGUCGUAGAAAAUUAUAUCGAAAAUAGCUUGGGACUGUCCAAAGGUAGGCAGAAAAUAGUCAGAGAUAUGGUCAAUUACAAAGCCCUGGUUUCCAUUUGUCCGCCUGGAGAGCCUGUGGGAAUCCUUGCUGCUCAGUCAAUAGGAGAGCCGUCCACACAGAUGACCCUGAACACAUUUCACUUUGCUGGUCGAGGAGAAAUGAAUGUCACUCUAGGAGUUCCGCGUCUAAGGGAAAUUCUCACUGUUGCAACCAAGAAACUCAAAACUCCAUGCGUAGACGUACCUUUUUUGCCUUGCGAUACUCCCAAAAAGUUGGAGAAGCGCGCAGAAAAACUAAAGAAAAACAUGAUGAAGAUAACUUUAGAAGAUGUCUUGGAAUAUAUAAAUGUUUCAGAGAGGCUGGAUCUUGAACCGCACAGACAUCUUGUGUAUGAAUUGCACAUGCAGUUCUUACCUUGUCAAGCGUACAAAGACAAAACGAAUGUGAAACCAAACGAAAUCUUGAAACAUGUAGAGAAAUACUUUUUGCGAGAACUGCAAAUUAAUAUUAUGAAGGCUUCAAAAAUCAAAGCUGCUUUUACACACGAGAACUUCAGCAAAUCGAACAAAGCAACAGGCAAUGAAAAUGGAGAAGAAGAAGAAAAGGAUGAGGAAGGUGCCAAAGUGGUAGGAAAAAAGAAGCUAGACUUGGACUCUGAUAGCUCUGGAUCUGAAAAUGAGGGAGAUGAAGAAGAUGCAACGGUCUCUAAACGAAGGACACAGCAGCAGGAACAACAGUAUGACGAACCAGAAGAAGGAGAAAAAGAAGCUCCUGCAGAUGAAGAUGACAUUUUAGCUCCAGAGCAAGAUGAUAGUGCUGAAGUACAAGACCGAGAAUUCAAUGUUUGUGAACAGUAUCAAUUCGUCAGUGAAUACAAGUACGACACAGUUGACGGUCAGUGGUGUAAGGUUACAUUAUGGUUGCCGCUCAGUUGUCAACACAUGGACUUCUCUUCUAUGAUUAGGAAGAUUGCCUCCUCAUCUGUGAUCUAUGAGAUCCCAAAUAUUAAACGAGCAAUCACCUAUGAAAAUGAUGGGCGAACAUUUUUAAAGACUGAUGGAAUUAACCUAAGUGAAAUGUUUAGUUACUGUGAUACUUUAGACAUCAACAAAUUGUACUCAAAUGAUAUUCAUUGUGUAGCAGAAAAGUAUGGCAUUGAAGCAGCAGCUAGAGUCAUCGUAAAAGAAGUGCAAAAUGUGUUUCAGGUUUAUGGGAUUACGGUAGAUCCGCGACAUCUUCUGCUCGUAGCUGACUAUAUGACUUAUGAUGGCACUUAUUCCCCAAUGAAUAGGAAAGGCAUUGAGAAGAAUUCCUCUCCAAUCCAACAGAUGUCUUUUGAAUGCUCUCUCAACUUCUUAAAGAAUGCAGCUCUUCAAGGCAAAGCCGAUCUAUUACAAUCUCCGUCUAGUCGUAUUUUUGUAGGAAAACAUUGUAGGUUAGGAACUGGAAUGAUGGAUGUUCUAAUAAAAACUUAAAACUCAAAUUCGUAA